UGCAGCAACCAAAGUUUUUAGUUUGAUAUAAUAUAAUCGUACAGCUUCGAAAGUUUUCCGUCUUGAAAAAAACUUAUCGUGGUUAGCCCACGAGUUAAAAUCUGCUUGGGCCCAGCCCAGUUGUGGGUGGCCUUUCCGGCGUGCCCAUGGAGAACGUUAUAAACUCUGUCCCGCCAGGAGUCGUCUUCAACCUUGGAUCGGAGCUCCUCGCCAUUGAGACAGCCUUCUUCGCAAGCCUCCCAGGAUUUUGCCACGACUUAGUUCUCUCGUCCACGCUCUCCUCCCGCAUUGCAAUCCUCGCGAGCCCCUUAGCUUGUGCCGCUUCAACUUCAACAUGUGCGGGGAGCGGCCGCCGGAGCAGGAGGACGACGGCGAGGACGACGGCGGGUUGCCCAAGAACUCGGCGGAUAUUUCUGGUAAGAAUUCGUUGCUUUUUUAUCCCUUAAUGGAGCUGCGACCUCCCUUUCUCCCCUUCUUUCUUGUAUGCGGGGUGGGAGCUCAAGAAACCAAGAAUCUCCGGGAGGAAUUGGUGGCGAUGGCGAUGGCGACCACCAAGCAGGAGAGACCGGUCUAGGGGAGAGCGGAGGCGAUCUCCGAGCGGGAGGGAUCGGCGGCGUCCACACUAUCGUUGGUUCACGUGGGCGCUGCGCCGGCGACCGCCCAGGAGGGAGCGGUGGCCCAAGACGGAGCGGCAGCGGCAGCGCUCCGCCUUCUGCCGGGAUGCACGGGAGCGACCGCCCAGGAGGGAGCGGUGGCCCAGGACGGAGCGGCAGCGGCAGCGCUCCACCUUCUGCCGGGAUGCACGGGAGCGACCGCCCAGGAGGGAGCGGUGGCCCAGGACGGAGCGGCAGCGGCAGCGCUCCACCUUCUGCCGGGAUGCACGGGAGCGAUCGGGAUGUCCAGCGGCAUCUGCCGUGGACGGACGGCCGCACCCACGCCGGAUGUCGUUCUGAUCGAGGACGAUGACGAGCCCGCCGGCGCUCCCCACAGCAGCAGCUGCUGCCAGCAGCCCCGGUGUCACGCUACCCUACGGUGGAGCUGGCCACUCCAGACCACGACGUGUCUCCGACGGCGCCUGUGUGGAGUUGUCCAAUGUGCCACUCUGUUGAUAUCUUCCUCGGAGAAGCAGUUACUUGGAAGACCCCCAGGACUCCAAGGCUUCCUCGCUGUUGGCAUUGCGAUAGAAAGGUGAGGAUCCUGGACACGGGGCCGCUCGAAGAUGACAACGACGUGGUAUGCUACCAGUUCGCGAUGGCGUGGAAUAUGUGUGACCGAUGUAACGAUAUCAUGCUCGGGAUCACCCCAACUGGGCGCAAGCGAAAGCGCCACUGAUCGGUGAUCGCCUGCUCCUCGAUCGUGGAGCAAUUCAGUAGUAUGGUCGAUGUUGAUUGAAUGUUGUGAAAAACGGUUAGGUUAGGAUUCCAGGAUUGAAUGUUUGGACUUCAUUCAAAAAACAAAAAGCCGUCUCUUGGCAAGCAACAACAUAAACA